AUGAGUUCCUUUAAUCCUACAACCUUUAAUGUCAAUGAGUUUGAUAAUAUAGUAAAAACUUUUUAUGAAGGAAUGAAUAAUUCUGUGAGACAAGAAGCACAGACUAUUUUGACAGAAUUUCAAAACAAUCCAGAUUCAUGGCUAGUAGCCGAUCAAAUUCUUGAGCAAUCAAACAAUAUACAAGCAAAACAGUUUUUAGCGCUUGGAAUAUUGGAAGAGUUUAUUAAAGUAAAAUGGAACUUACUUCCUAUAGAACAACGAUUAACAAUGCGAAAUUAUGUUGUCAAAUAUAUGAUUGAUUUUAUUACUUCUACUACAUCUAAGCCACAUCAAGCAGCUUUUUUAAAUAAACUUGAUCUUGUACUUGUUCAAAUAUUAAAAAAAGAUUGGCCUCAAUAUUGGCCGACAUUUAUUCAGGAAAUAGUUAACUCAAGCUCAAUAAAUACGAACCUUUGCGAAAAUAACAUGAAAAUAUUAAGAUUUUUAAGUGAAGAAGUAUUUGAUUAUUCUAUUGAUUUUAUGACGAUAGCCAAAAAGACUAAACUAAAAAAUCAAAUGGCAAAUGAAUUUGAUUCUGUAUUUGAUCUAUGCAAACGUAUACUAUCAUCACCAAAUCAAAGGAUAUCAUUAAUACUUGCAACUUUGGAAACUUUACUUAAACUAUUAAGUUGGAUUCCUAUACAAUUUUUAUACCAACAGCAACAAGAUUUACUCGAAAUAUUAAAUUCAAAUAUUAGAGGCAACUCAUCUAUACAAAGAAAUCUAUCUUUUCAAUGUUUAAUAGAAAUAAUUAAUAAUUUGAAUUCAAUCACCAAUACUUCACCCUAUAAUGACAUGAUUCUUUCUAUCUACAACAUGUUUUAUAGAGAAAUGAUUAACAUUAUGCCAGUGAAUUCAGUAGAUACUAUAAUUCAGACCUUUGAGGAAUCAAAUCAAGAAACUCAAGACUUUAUAAAAACUGUAGUUACCUUUUUUACGACUAUUUUUUCUAAACAUAGAAAAUUGAUUGAAGCCAAUGAUAAUAGCAAUAAUAGUAUCCAAGUCGUUUUAUUCAAUUAUCUAUUAAAAAUAUCACGUAUUCCUGAUAGAGAAAUUUGGAGAAUUUGCUUAGAAUAUUGGAGCGAAUUAGCAAAUGAUAUCCUCCAGGAACAGCAAACAUCAAGUUAUUAUUAUGAUAUUUUAAAGCAGCUUGGAUUAGUUAUGAUUGAUAAUAUGGUAAAGCCGGAUAAGGUACUUGUGAUUGAAAAUAUUGAUGGGGAAAUCACUAGAGAGUUUAUUAAACAAAGUGAUACAACAUCAUUAUCAAAAACAACACACCAUGUAUUUAAACUUCUGACUAGAAUUGAUCCAAUUUUUAUUCAUUCUCUCUUACAUGAACAACUCAAUCAAUUGCUAGUUACAAAUAUAUCUUGGUCUUGGGAUUCACUCUUUCGUAUAUGCUGGGCUAUAGGUGCAUCAUUAGGUGCUACUGAUAAGUGCUCAGAAAAUAGGUUUCUUGAAGCUAUUUUAAUUAAUAAUUUAUUACCAUUAUUACAACAACAACAACAGGAAGGAAACCAUAACAAUAAUGAUUUAGAUCAGGAAUGGGUAGUUGCCUCUUGUGUCUUGUAUAUUGUUGGUCAAUGUCCAUAUUUUAUGAAAUCACACUGGGAUUUUACGUUCUUUAUAAUACAAAAAAUUUUCAUUUACCUGCGACAACCAACUCAAUCAGGUAUAAAAGAAAUGGCAUGCGAUGCAUUUUUAAAGAUAGCCGAAGGUUGUGGAGAGGAAUUAUCAAUACCGCAUCAGUUAACUACAACUACAAUGAUGCCUUCUGUUUUGGAAAUGGUAUUAUCUGAUUUAAAAGUACUAACAAUUCAACUAGAGUCACAGCAGUUAUGUAUAUUAUAUGAAGCCAUUAGCACUCUAAUUUCUACAAGUACUUUAAGUUUUCAAAUGAAGCAACAUUCUUUUAACUUAUUGAUGGAGAUGCCAAACGAGACGUUAAAAAAGACCUCUAUUUCCUCAAUCAGGAUUAUUAUAAAUAUGCUUCGUGUUAAUAUAGCUACAUGCAAACGAAUCGGUUCUGUUCUUUUUCAAAAUCAAAUUCAAACCAUAGCUCCUACAUUAUUUCAUUAUUAUGAGCUGUCGAGUCAAGCAAUUAAUCUCGUAAAUAACAAUAGUGAUACAAAUAGCCAGCACAUAAUGAUUAGACAACUAGUUUUAAACCUGUUUGAAACUUAUUUUCUUUCUACUGAUAAUAAGCUUAAAUGCCUUGAAGAAGAAGAUAAAAAACUUAUAUCUAAUUUGAUACAAGUUGUCUUUGCUGAUUAUAUAAAUGCAACUACAGUUCCAGAAAAAAGAGAAGCACAAUUGUUAAGUUUAUUGACAAGUUUAGUUGAAAAAUUAGAAAAUCUUCCAAUUGUAUGGCCAGAUUUCCUUAAAGAAAUGAUCGAUAUCGAAUAUAUUACAACAUUACCAAUGAUUACUUCAAAUUUUGUCGAUUUUCCUGAAAUCAGACAUGAGUUCUAUCGAUUAUUAUAUGCUUUGAACACGAAAUACUUUAUAGUAUUAGAAUUAUUUCAAAUGUCUCCUGAGUUGUUUCAACUCAAUAUUGACAGUAUUUUAUGGGGAACAAAGCAUACAACAAAAGAAAUUUCAGAAAUAGCUUUACAAACAUGUUUACACAUCAUUAAUUACGCCUCGCAGAUGGAAGAUGAAGAUAUUUCGAGUCAAUUUUUUGAACUAUAUUAUGUAAAAAUAUUAACGAGCAUUUUAGAAAUAUUGGUUGAUCCUGACUGUAGAAAUGCAUUCAAUUUUCAAAGUGAAAUUCUUUCUAGAAUGCUAGAAUUAGUACAAGAAGGUGAAAUCUAUACUCGUGUCUUUGAUCCUAAUCAGGUUUCAGAUCCACUUAUGUCAAACGUUGAAUUUCUUCAACAAUAUGUGCUAAACUUAUUAUGUUCAGCAUUUCCUUUACUUCAAAAAAAUCAAAUUGAAGUAUUAGUAAAGGGAAUGUUUGAGUAUAGUGGUGAUUUACAAAGAUUUCAAGAUGAUAUACGUGAUUUUUUGAUUGAUAUAAAAGAGGUGGGUGAAGCACGUGAAGGUGAGCAACGUGCAGAAGACGAGUUAAAUGCUGAGUUGGACCUAUUAAGGAACCUAUAA